UCUGCCCCUUCUCUUUCUCACCAGAAGGAGAAGAUGGAGAAGCAGAAGAAGAACUGAAGAAGAGAGCAGGCGAGUAAGAAGCGGCAGCAAACCCUACCCUUUUCGAAAACCAUGGGUCAUAAUUACCAUUCUGCCCUCCAAAAACCUCCAUAUUUUCGAAACUGCUCUCUCAUCGGCGCCAACCACACUUCCGCCCGCUUCUGCUCCCGCUAGAAAGGAAAAACCCCAAAAACCGAGAUCAAAAUCAACGGCCAGGAUUCAAUCGACAAAGAUCUAGAAAAUCCAACCGUUGGAUUUCCUUCCAUGGAGCCAAAAUCAAUCUCUGUACAGAACCUCCUCGUCCGGAUUCUCGUCUUCGGCUUCUUCAUCCUCCUCCUCCGCUUCGUCUACGUCUUCACCGUCCAAUGCGACGGACAGAGCAACUUCUGCUUCUUCUCCGGCCCCGGGAGCAUAAGCAUCCUCGGGGCCGGCGGAAUCGAUGGGGCCCACUACGCACGAUCGGACGGGCCUCCGUUGUCGUCCCCACCGAGCCCCAAGAGUCGGCCCCUGUGGAGGACUGGCGAGUGGCGUAGGAUCGUUGAUUUCUACUCUGCCGUAUUCCACGAUCUGAUCGCCGACGGCUACCUCUCGCCAGCGUCGAGGGCGCUCUGCGUCGAUACUCGGGACGGGCCUGAGGUCUAUGCGAUGAGGGAUAUCGGCAUCUCCGACUCGAUCGGAAUUCACAAGAAGGCGUCGCUGCCGCUGGUUGUCUCCGGAGACUCUGCCCACCACCCUUUUGAUGAAAAUACCUUUGAUUUUAUAUUCACUGCCGGGGGCGCCGACCGGGCGGCCCGCCCGGGGGAAUUCGCUGAUGAGGUUAGACGGAUGCUGAGGCCCGAAGGGUACUUGGUCGUCCAUACGUCUUCUGCAAAAGACCUGUAUAGUCUGAAUUCUUUCCAGGAAUUGUUCAAUUGCUGUAGAUUGGUCCGGUCCCGUGAGAUUGACGGCCCUGAUUCGACGCCGGCUGUCCGUGAGAUCGUGAUGAAGAAAGACACCUACAUUCAUAGCCAUGGGGGAUUAAACCCAGCUGGCGAUUCCGUGAAUAAGUGCCCGGUACCGGCGCACAGGCGGGAGCUCGUGUGGAAUGCCGAGCCGUUGAUUGCAGAGGAGCCCUUGAAGCCGUGGAUUACACUGAAGCGGAAUAUAAAGAACAUCAAAUAUCUGCCGUCGAUGGCAGAUAUAAACUUCAAGCGGAGGUAUGUGUAUGUUGAUGUCGGGGCCCGCAGCUAUGGAUCGAGCAUUGGGAGCUGGUUCAAGAAGCAGUACCCAAAGCAGAAUCGGACGUUCGAGAUGUAUGCGAUUGAGGCUGAUCGGGCCUUCCAUGAUGAGUACAAGGCAAAGAAAGGGAUUGAGCUAUUGCCGUACGCCGCGUGGGUCCGGAAUGAGACCCUGUCCUUUGAAAUUAACCGGGACCCAGGUAAGAAAAGUGGGGCCAUGGGAAGGGGAAUGGGCCGGAUCCAGCCUGUCGGUGGUGGGUCAUCGGCGGUUUCGGGUGGUGAUGUGGAUAGGAUCCAAGGGUUUGAUUUCGCGAGCUGGUUGAAGAGUGCGGUGUCGGAGAAGGAUUUCGUGGUGAUGAAGAUGGAUAUUGAAGGAACGGAGUUUGAUUUGAUCCCGAGGCUGUUUGAGACGGGCGCAAUCUGUUUGAUUGAUGAGCUCUUCCUUGAAUGCCACUACAAUCGGUGGCAGAGAUGCUGCCCAGGUGAGCGGAGUUCAAAAUAUCAGAAGACGUACAAUCAGUGCUUGGAGCUCUUUUCCUCAAUGAGAGAGAGUGGGGUCCUCGUCCAUCAAUGGUGGUGAUCGGUACCGAUGAAAACACACAUCCCUUUGUACUCAUUUUCUUCAUUUUACAGUCAUAGAAAUUUGCAGUU